UUAUACAAACAUGAAAUAAAAUAAAAUAAAAUUGCUCCCAUCCCAUCCCAGAAAAAAGUCCAUAAAUAACCGCAGCUAGCAUACCGUUAAGCCCUCUCUUCCUCGAGCUUACAUUCAAACCGCCUUUCCACUGCCCCAUCGCCAACUCAUCCAAACCACGAUCGAUAUCAUGGGAGCUCAGAAACCUGCAUGGUUGGAGGCCCUCUACCUGCAGAAAUUCUUCGCGCCGUGCUCAAUUCACGACGCCGCAAAGAAGAAUGAGAAGAAUAUUUGCUGUUUGGAUUGCUGCACCAGCAUCUGCCCCCACUGCGUCCUCUCCCAUCGCUCUCACCGCCUUCUGCAGAUUCGUCGCUACGUCUAUCACGAGGUCGUCCGCUUGGAGGAUCUUGAGAAGCUCAUGGACUGCUCCAACAUCCAGGCAUAUACGAUCAAUGCUUCGAAGGUGCUGUUUAUAAAGAAGAGACCUCAAAAUAGGCAGUUCAAAGGGUCUGGAAACUACUGCACAUCUUGUGACAGGAGCCUCCAAGAGCCUUUCAUCCAUUGCUCUCUUGGUUGCAAGGUCGAGUUUGUGCUGAAGCACUACUAUGACCUAUCCCCAUUCUUGAGAGUGUGCAAGACUCUCCAACUGAGUCCGGACUUCUUCAUCCCUCAAGACAUCGGAGACGAUGAGACGACGAACGAGACCCCCCGUUCCACGGUGGUAGACAGCAGCGACGAGCCCCUGAGCUCGUCCUCGGCCUCAUCGGGGUCCGACAACAUGAGCUUCUCGUGCACCGGUUUCGUGAGGAAAAAAAGGAGUGGGCUCUAUGUAUGUGGGAGAUUGGCUAAUAAGAUAGCCGAAGAGGACAUGGCCACUAGCAUGAGUAGAAGGAAAGGAGUUCCUCAUAGGUCACCUUUGUGUUAGGAGAAAAAAAGAAGAAGAAAACAAACCAAUAAUAAUCAUAAUUAUUAAAUUACUUAUUUUUUGGGGGAAUUCAUCAAAGAUUAAAAGAAUCGUAUUGAGUUUCUUGAGACAUUUUGGGUUAAUUAUUAAUUAAAACACUUUGUCGGGUGGGUUUGUCUUAAUGGCAUCACGUGGUUUCCCAGUUCCCAAGUUAGGGUUUUGUACAUUUUUGCAAAAUUUAAUUCUCGAAAUAACAUUUUUGUAUGGUGAUUGUAUGGAGUCGCUUUGGGUGUUUCUAUGCAACGUCUGUUGUCUCAAGACUCGAACCCCAAAAAGAAAAGAAAAAAAAAAGAAUCAGACAAAUUAGUGAAAGGAAUAAAAUAGGCAUUGGACAAUAUUAUAUUCUACCACUUGUUCUUA